AUGCCUUCCGAGCCUGUGGACGACAUCAUCAAAUCCCUCGAUGAAAUCCAACCCGACAAAGUAGGCAGAGGGGAGGUGGAUCGUCUCCGUCUUCGCGCAGCCGCGCGUUGCCUCCUCGCAGGGGUAGAAUUCCCGUACGAACAAGCCUGGGGCUUGUGCUUCGACCAACCGAUUAUUUUCGCCGCGAUUCAGACGUGCAUUGAUCUGCAGCUGUGGAGUGAAUGGACAGGUGCUGGGGGUGGAGAAAAGUCGCUCGACGAGCUCGUCCAUCUGACGACGCCGACCGUUGAUACCAAUCUCCUACGCCAGUUCUCCCCUUCGCAGACUGCCGCAGACAGAUACAAGCCCACGCCAUUCUCGUCUGCGAUCGGUGACGAGACCACCAAGAUCCGUGAUUCGCUGCAGGCUGGGACAUAUCAAUACCUCCCCGCAGCCUUGAAUCUACCCACCUACCUAGCCAGCAUAGGCUACCGCGAGCCCACGAGCGUCGAGCGAAGCAAUUACGCAGCGACCGAUCCGGACGGCCUCAGCUUCUUCGCCCGGCUGCGAACCAGUCCCUCCUACUUCGAAGCCUUCACAGGCCACAUGGAAUCAUGGACCGCGAGGAAGACGCCGUGGACAGCAGUCUAUGACACCGCCCGCUUGCUGCGCGAGUCGCCGCUGGAAGAGGGCACCGCAUUCGUGGUCGACGUGGGCGGGAAUACCGGGAUUGAUAUAACACACGCGCAGCAGAAGCAUCCGGACCUUCCCGCGGGAGCAUUCGUGUUGCAGGAUGUCCCGGAGAUCAUUGGAACUGCUCAAGUCGAUGAGAAGACCUUGGCAAUGGCGCAUAACUUCUUCCUGCCGCAGCCGGUUAGAGGGAGUCACAUUUACUUCAUGCACGCCGUGCUGCAUGACUGGCCGGACAACAAAGCCAAGCAGAUCCUCACCAACACCAGAAAUGCAAUGAGGAAAGGGUACUCCAAGCUCCUCAUCUACGACAUCGUCCUCCCUUCCACUAAGGCAAGCAUAAUUCAGGCGACAAUGGAUGUGCAGAUGAUGUCGUUGCUUUCCGCCUCAGAACGCACAGAGGCGGACUGGAGAAGGCUUUUGACCGAUGCGGGCCUGCAGAUCUGCAGGUUCUGGCCGGAUCCGCGGGAGUAUGAAAUGAUCAUCGAGGCCGAGGUCGCGGAGGUACCGGGCCGUCGGGGAGAGGCACAUCUCUAGAUGAGCGAAGCAAGCAACAUAAUGAUCUCUUGUCCGGGAAGGCCGGGAUAUGCCAAAGAGGUCGCCGGGGUCGAACCCGCCGGCCAUCUCUGGCUGAUCAUGACUGUUGGUACGCG